AUGUCCAAGGCAGGUGGUAAACAGGCUGUCGCGACGAUCGUCAAGCUACUUGUCCCAGCUGGUAGUGCAUCUGCACAGCCACCUGUUGGUCCGGCGCUCGGUGCCAAGGGUGUAAAGGCCAUUGACUUUGCCAAGGAAUUUAAUGCGCGCACCAGUGAUCUGGAGCCAGGUCUGCUGACGCCCACGGUUGUGACGAUUCAGCCAGACCGUACAUUUUCAUUUCGUACUCUCACUCCUCCUACGUCUCUUCUACUAAAGCGCGCGGCUAAUAUCACGACAGGUGCGCGGAAGCCUGGCGCUGAGAUUACGGGGACUGUGAGUAUCAAGCAUAUAUACGAAAUUGCCAAGAUCAAAAUGAAAGAUGUCGAUAUUACCGAAAAAGAAAUGUGCAAGGUGGUGGCUGGCAGCGCACGAAGUCUUGGCAUCAAGAUCGUUCGGUAG